CUAUCUGGCAGAACAAUACUAUUCCUCAGGUGUGUGUGUGCGUGCGAGUGAGUGAGAGAGAAAAAGUCUCUGGUGCAAGGAAAUUGACAUAGAAGUCUGGAUAAACUACGAUGGGGGAAAGUAAAUGCACACUGGCUGUGUCUUCCCUAACGUUUCAUUAACUGUAAACAUAAAAAUGUUCACCUUCUGGCUAAGGUGGGGAGCAGUGAAUUGCACUUGUGAAAACCUUCCAACAGCCUCCAGAAAGGAGAUACCUGACAGCCAAUGUUCAGUAAAGUCACACACUGUGGCGGGCUGGAAUGUAUUGAUGCGUUCUCACAGUUCCCCCGGGCGCGUCACCUGUUCACUUUAUCUCGACCCCACCCGCAGACCCGAGGCGUGAUGACAAUCGUUGGUUUGGUAAUGCCUUGGUACAGCCUUGAUUGGCUGUACACAGUGUUCUUCGUGGCUGUACUGAACAGGUUCUUCAGUGAGCAGAAUACGGCAAACAUAGUCCUGGUUUCCUUGAUUAAAAUACAAUGAUCUAUAGGACACAUUUCAGAAGAACAAGUGUGUGUUCCAAUUGGAAGUAAUCAUGGAGCCGAAAAAAGAUUGGGGCUCUUUUUUUCAACCCAAACCAGUGGGCAAAAUGAGGAGACGACUACUGGGUAUGCAAUGUCUGUCUCUUCAGGAGACCAGCGCCCCCCUUGACCUCAGCCACAGCGAGAGCGCUCGACUAGCUACUGACGCAUUGUUGAAUGGAGGUCUGGGUGCCUAUAAGGAGGUCCUAGCCAAAGAUGGAGAAGUCGACUUCUUGUCUAGACGGGAGAAAAACUACAUCCUAGGAAAUGUCUCAGACACGGGCAUCUCAAAGGACGGUGAAGAUCAUAGUCAUGGACCGGAGACAGACUCUGACUCGAGCCAGACAUAUUUACCGUCAGCCACAGAAGGGUCCCCACCAGAAUUGGACCAUGGCUGGCCAUCGGAAGACUCGAUUGAUCACCUGCAGGGGAUCCCCGCUGUUGAUGUGCACUUCCAAACCAACGGGUCAAGCAUGAAAGAUAUGUUGCGUCAGUUUAUUAACGAAGCCACCAAGGUUCUAGCCAUAGUCAUGGACACCUUCAGUGACAUAGAGAUUUUCUGUGACAUACUGGAAGCGAUGCGGAAACGCAAUGUUUCCGUCUACCUACUGCUAGACCAUCUGAACCUACCCAUUUUUCUGGAGAUGUGCAACAAUCUACAGAUCAACGCCUCUCAUAUCCCAAAGAUGUCUGUACGUAGUGUCCCGGGGCAGACUUACUGUGCCAAGUCUGGGAAAAAAUUCAAAGGACAGAUUCAAGAAAAGUUCAUCAUUGCUGACUGCACACAGGUGCUUUUUGGAUCAUACAGCUUCACCUGGCUGUCCUGGCGGGUGCACCGAAGUCUGGCCAUGCUCUUUAAGGGCAGUGGGGUCAAGCCGUUCGACUUGGAGUUCCGUCGUCUCUACGCUGCCUCUCUGCCAGUGAAAGAGCUCCCUGCAGCCGAAGUCCUCAACAGCCUCUCUUUGUACAUGGACACCAAGUGUUUAAAUAGCCAGCCAUCCACGAUAAGCUCCUCUGACUCCGCGAGCACAGAACUAGAAGCAGCUGUCCAGGGUACAGCCGUAACCAGGCAAUGCCUCAGCAGUGAAGUCCUAAAAGACCCAAGACUGCCCAGCCCUGAAGGCCAGCCCAUCUUCACUGUAGCACAGUCUAGAUAUCAGACAGUGUUGCCCGCCCCAAGCAAAGCACUGCCCCCAGGGCCUCUGGUUGGACCGGGCCUGAGGCAUAAGUGGGGCCCCAGUCCUGGCCCUGCUACUGUUCUGCCGCCGAGGCUCCAGUGGCUGCUCACUCAGCGCCACUCAUCCUUCCCCAAGGAUCAUGGUGUAUCAGCGCUGCCAUGGCGACCUGCCGUCGUCAACAACAACAACAACAACAAACACAGUCGCCUCUUUCCACAGACAGCAGGCUGGGCUACAACACAAAGAUGACCUGUGCAUGAGGCAAUGACACUUCAUUACGAAAUGUAGUGCUCAAGAUCAUUCUAUACAUUUCGUAUUAUUGUAUUACAAUAUCUUUUCUGCAUUAGUCACUUAGUUAAUGAUGGAUAUGAAUUGUUAUUGCUUAAAUGUAAAAACCGCACAAGACAUUUGGUAGAUUCUUUAUUACAGAACGUGAAAAAAUUAAAAUUUACAAUAAUUUAUGAUAUGGCUGAAAACAUUUUUUUUUAAAAAUACAAU